CUCUAUUAGAAUACAGACUUCACAACUGUAACCACAGCGGUUCAAAGAAAAGAAAAUGAAACUUUUGCUGUUUGUGUUCCUGUACGUAGCAGCCACAGCUGCUGAUGUUAGUCAUUUGCCGUCCAACGAAUACUUGCCUCCAGUUCAAGAAGCGCCAGUUACAGUGCCAUCAAACGAAUAUUUGCCCCCCGCUCAAGAGGUUGCUCCAGGCGCUGCACCAGUCUACGCUCCGGCUCCAGCCCACAUUUUGGCAGAUGAUGGUUAUCAUUACAAGACACAACGUCGAGUUGUAUACCGUCGCAACCGACGUGAUGUAAGCCAUUCGCCUUCUAGUGAAUAUUUACCUCCAGUUCAGGAAGCUUCGCCUGUAAUACCAUCAAAUGAAUACUUGCCCCCAGUUCAGCAGUCUGUUGCAGUUGAGGCUUCUCCAGCCCAUAUUUUGGCUGAUGAUGGCUACCGUUACAAAACCCACCGCCGCGUUGUGUUCCGUAGGAACCGACGUGAUGUAAGCCACUUGCCUUCCAGUGAGUACUUACCCCCAGGGCAAGAAGCUUCAGCUGUUGCACCAUUAAGUGAAUACUUACCUCCAGUUCAACAGGCUGCUCCAGCACCUCCUACAUCCUACGCACCUGUUUCAGUUGUAGUUGAGGCUUACCCAGCGCAUAUUUUGUCUGAUGAUGGCUACCGUUACAAAACCCACCGCCGCGUUGUGUUCCGUAGGAACCGACGUGAUGUAAGCCACUUGCCUUCCAGUGAAUACUUACCCCCAGUUCAUGAAGCUUCAGCUGUUGCACCAUCAAAUGAAUACUUACCUCCAGUUCAACAGGCUUCUUCAGCUCCUGCUCCAUCGUACACACCUAUUCCAGUUCCAGUUGAAGCUGCUCCAGCGCAUAUUCUGGCUGAUGAUGGAUACCGUUACAAAGCACGCCGACGUAUUGUAUACCGUCGUCAUUAGCAAAAGUUUAUUUAGCUCUUAAGAUAUUUUUGAGACUACAAUGGAGUAUUAAAUAUAAAU